UGCUGGGGGCGGAGAGAAGUGCAGCCUGCUGUCUAAUACAGAAGGACGCUGCUUUAAAAAAUCUGUUCACAAGUGCACUGUUGUGUCUUUGUCAUCAUUUACAACAACAGUACUGACUUUGGAUCUUCAAUAAACUCAUCAUGUGUAAAGGACUUGCAACUCUUCCUGCAACAUGCUUGAAAAGUGCCAAAGACAUCAAGCACAAAAUCAGCUUCUUGCUCCAGAAGCCUGAACCCCAAGCAGCCGAUCAGAAGCAGCUGAAAGAGAAAACUACCACUGCUGCUGCAAAGAGGGAGCCUAAUGCAGCUGAGGUGGAGAAAUGGAAGGAGUCUUUCAGCCACGUCAUGAGCAGUGACACUGGUCGCACUGUCUUCACCAGCUUCUUGAGGUCUGAGUUCAGUGAGGAAAACAUGGAUUUCUGGGUCGCUUGUGAAGACUACAAGAAGACUACACUCUCCAAGUUGGCAACCACAGCCAAGCAGAUCUACCAGCAAUAUGUUGAGGCAGAUGCUCCCAAUGAGGUAAACUUAGAUGCAGUGACGAAAGAACAGACGAGGCUGAAUGUCGAGAAUGCCUGCCCAUCUUGCUUUGAAGAGGCUCAGAAGAUGAUCUACACUUUGAUGGAGAAAGACUCCUACAAGCGCUUUCUCAAAUCUAAACUGAUCCAGGAUCUGUGUCAGAAAGAGAUAUCCACUGUUAAGGAGAAGAACGAGAAGAAAAACAAGGAGGCAUUAGCAGGUGGUGCCUAAGCAGGAAGGAAGAAGGCCAGACUUAAAGCAGGUGCCAGACUGUAAAUCUGGGAGAAGGCUGAUAUUGGGAAAGUUAGUAAGGCUGCUCUGUCCAAUGUUCAGAAAAACAGUGAUUGUGAAAGUGACUUAAAAGAUUUAUUUCUUUUUGAUACUUCCUGCUGUUAUUGGGCACCAGUGAAGAAUUGUGAGUACGUCCAAGAAAGAUGUUAACAUUUACCAUCUCUGCACUCACCAUCAGCUGUCAUGUGUCUUUCCAGAUUACACAGGUUGAUAUAGACUGGUUGAAUGUUAAACAUGUAAAUAUACAACACAAAUACAAACAUGUAAAUAAAUGUUAGUAUUGUGAAGUUUAGCUUUUGCUCCUGGUUUGACUGCAAAACAUAUUUUUUUAGGUUUCACUGACAGCUAUAACAGAAACAAUCUAAAGCUACCUCCACCCAGUAAGCACACACCUUCACUGCUGCCACAUUAUGUCAGAGGAAGAUAACAGAGUAUUUGUUUUGAGUAAUAACUAUGGUGAGUACCUGUAUUCCCAAACUAGUAAGUCCAGAAAGAAUGACUCAACUUCUAAGUAAAUGAGGAUAAUACUGGAACUAAAUUCAUAUGCUGAGUAAAGAUGAAAGUGGACUGCAUUUAAUUAAAUGAUGUAUGCAUUUGAAAGUAGAUUUUUGUAUAUUCUAAAAUAUUUAAAAUAUACUUACUCCAGUACUGCUCAUGAGAGUAUUAACCAUCAUAUAUGUAUCCACUUUGCAGUUAGUUUAGGUUGUCCCUCUAUGGCCUCCUUUCUCAAUGCAUUUUAAAUUUAUUUAGCCAUUGGCUUUACAACAGUUAUUUUUCCAUCUCCUACUCCCUGCCUGUUGUUGAUCACGUGUGACAGUGAAUGGAUAAUAUUGAUUUUCACCACUUAAACUAAGUAAUUUUAAGACUUUAUCAUGUGCAGCUCAUAUCAUAAGAUGUGAUACAAGUUGUCCAAAGUCAGCUGAUAUCAUAGCAACCACCUUUGCAGUAGAAAUAAGUAAAAAUGAUCUCUGCACGGUGAAAAGAUUGGCUUCGUCUACUUCUUGUAUAAAUUCUAAGCAUGCUUUUAUCUCAGUGUUAGUACCAGUAGAAGUGUUUUUCUGUUGCAUGUCUAACAGUUACCUAACAGCAGGAGAAAAGUUGAAAUUGUGACUUUUUGAUACAUUUUUAAAUGUUAUAUUGUAAGUCAUGCUUUUAUGCUGAGAUGUUUAUCAAUGGAAUUUGUGUAGGGUACUUAAUAAUGUGUUAACUUUCAUUGGAAACAUUUUGGUGACAAUCCUUAUGACAGUGUUUUAUUAAAAUGUAUACUGUGAUGGAUCAAAAGCUGCGUACUGUGUGUAGAUAUUUAUUAAACAAUGUCCAUGUCCUAUUUAUGUCAUAACUGUAAUGAUUCUCACAAAUAAAAUGAUGUGCUGGAUAAUGACAACA